GGCCGAACAGGAGAUGUACUUAGCAGCGAUGAGGUGGCACGACUCUAGACGCUCAGUACUCAACGUUCAACGUCAACCUCCAGGCUCCCAUCACCACACAGCACUAGUGCCCAUCUAACGCGACUCCUGUUCUAUAUCUUCACCUGCCAGUGACCAUGCCUGGUCCCAGCGGCGCAGCAGUGGAAAGUCAUUCUCCGCCAUCCUCACGCACAACUCCAGAUGCUAGCCUGGGUCAAUCGACUGCAAGCAACCGAGACCUCUCUGCGGCGAGCGGACAGCUCCAUGUCCACGGCGUUCGUAUUAACGAUGCGAUACGUUCGGCCACGGAAGACGUCCACAAAGCACAGCAAUGCGAGGCAGACAAAAUGCUCGAGUACAUGCUGAGGCGUGCUUCGGAGACGCCAGAUGACCUUGAGAACUUGGACAGUUAUACCCUAUUGGGCAGAUGCAUGGCGCAGGUUCUGGGCAUAUGUAAUGAGGAGGUCAAAGAUAUCAACGGAUUCCCGGUCUCGAAGAUCAAAAAGGCUCUCGUAGAAUACACGGCGUAUGAACAGGAGGAUGACUUGUACCAGCCCUUUGUCCAGGCGUCCAACACUGCUCUUGCGUACCUGCGGGAGCUAGAUAUCGUUGGUAUGCGUAAAGGGGAAAGCGCGGAAGUACAGAUGUUCUUUCAGCGCAACGAUCCAGAGGUCAUCUCUCAUAUUUCAAAACGCAAACCAGAUAUCGUCGUUAUUCCAUUCGCGAGGACUGGAGCCAGCGACUGGGGCGACCAUGUAUCGACGAUAGGCCCAGGUAAGGCACCCACGGCGAGCUCGUGGAAGGAUGUGCUCGGCGUCUUCGAGUUCAAGCGACCCAAGUCGGCAAUGAGUUCUCCUCCCGCGAAAUACAUCGUGUCCGACUACCGACCUUCCAACCCAAAGUUUUUGAAGAGUGGCAAAGAUGGAAAUGAACUGGAAGAAAUUGAGCCGCAAGAGGCUCCUGUUGCCAAGCGAGCGACACUCGCAGGACAGGUUCGCGACAUCACUUCUGAAAGCGCUCAAGUGGCACCCAGGAAACACCUAUUGAGGGCCGAGCCUGAGUCUCGCGCAAGCAAGCGGUCCAGGACCGAGGAGCCCCUGGCACACGUAACAAUCCAGACAGCGUUGUACGCUGCUGAAAUGCAGUCCGCCAAUAUUGCGGUGAAGCAUGCCCUCAAUUGUAUUGUUAUAGGCGACGACAUAUGGAUUUGGUAUUACGACCAUCAAGGCCACAUCAGCGUGGCAGGGUUCAAUUUUGUUCAGGAUCUCCCUCGCUUUCUGGUGCUGUUAUACGCUCUCCAGCGAUUCAAUUUGGAGGACUGGGGUCGAAACACAGCUUUUCAACCGAAUCUAGAAGGGGACCACAUCAAGUCUCACACUACCGAGGUCGAAAGAAAAAUACUGACACUGCACAACUGGAAGAGACGCGCCCGGAUUGGGCUGGGAGGACGUGGGACUGGCGUUAUGGACGUCACCUGCGAUUCACCAAAGCUGGAGAAGCCGACGGAAACGACGGCCGACGCCAUGGUGGCGAAAAUUUACUGGGCGGAGGAGGCACGAAAUAAAGAGGAAGGAAUUUUGAAAUGCGUCGAGAAUACUGCGAAGAAUGAGGGGCACGCCCAAGGACACGUGCCGACCUUGGUCUUGUCGAAGAGGUUUCGGUAUUCCACCCAUACAAUUAGGAGGGCUCUUGGCCUCACGAACCCUGAGAAAGGCAGCCGGACGCUCGUCCUGCUCGUGUUCAAGAAGCUUUCGCCAAUCAACGAGCUCAAAGGCGACCAACUAGUUGACGCAUGGUGGCAAUGUGUUUUGUGUCACUAUGCCCUCUGGAAUGACGGGAUUCAUCAUCGUGAUGUGAGCUGCGCAAACCUGAUGUACUAUAAGGUGGGCGGCAAGGUGAUGGGCGUCCUAAACGAUUACGACCUUUCGUCUUUGGCAAGUUCUCCCAACCCGUUGGAUGACGAGUGGACUGGAACAACACCGUUCGUGGCGAUCGAUCUCCUCGAGGAAGGUGGUCAGAAUGGCAAUGUGAAGCACCAAUACCGCCAUGAUAUGGAAUCGUUCAUCUGGGUAUUCAUCUGGAUUUCCCUGCAGUACAAGGACGGCAUAUCGCUAGAACCUGGACCCCUGGAUUCAUGGGGCAAUGUCAAUGCCCGUGAAUGCGUUGAAUUGAAGAAGAAUUUCCUGUCUGCCGCUGUCACUGGAGUGCCUGACAACAUCGACAACCUCGCUCUUGUGUUGACGCUCGCGAAAUUUCUUGGGCAGAGGCUCAAUGCCCGUAAUGAUUUCAUCAUUGGGAAAAGGCUUGCUCUGUCAAAGGCGCAAGGUGAAAAAUCAGAGACUACUGAACAGCUUGAAGGGAUUGUUGAGGAAUAUAACAAAAAGGUUGCUGAGAAAACACCAGAAAUGGUGCUUGGAGAGUUGUGUCGCGAAGUGGCGCAGUAUAUUAACAAAGAUUAUGGCCGGUAAAUUUUAUC